UGACCGUAAGGUCUGUUCGUGGUCUACCUAAUUUAUUGUUUUAAACUGUAUACUGUGUGGAUUAUUAUUUUGUGUAAUUAAACAUUGUUAUUUUGUAUUAAAGUCUUAUCUAUCCCAAUAAAAUGGGGACUCCAAACCCUGAUGGUGUACCGUUCGGCUCUCCUGAUCCUACAUCAGAAGUGGGAUUAGGUGAAGCCCGGGAAUCGGAAGGGGUUGGUGAUCCAUGGCGAGCAAUGUUAGAACUUCAGGGCCGUAAUAUGGCUCAGCUAAUUGAUGCAAUGAAGACUCCCACCACACCGUCUAAUGCAAUUCGCUUGCCCGAUUUUGAUCCCGAUUCACCCGAUUCCAAUGCUCGAUCUUGGAGUACAACUGUUGAUGUUUGCCUAUCUGAAAAACCCCUUCAGGGCGGUCCACUUAUUAUUGCCCUUAGUAAAGCCUUGAAAGGCAGUGCUUCCGUAUGGCUUUCCCAAGUAUCGUAUGCCGGCAUGACCUGGCCAGACUUUAAAAGUAUCUUUCUUUCCCGUUACGAUGUGUCAGAAACUAUCGCUGCUACUCUCAUUAACCUUCAUAACAGUCAACCAAAAGAAGGUGAAUCUUUAGCCUCAUAUGCCAGUAGACACGUCACUUCGCUGACGUCAAAAUGGAAUAGCCUGAGUGUCGAACAAAUUGCCGUAUCCACUAUUCUGGCCCAUGUUUCUAAAUUUGAUGUUCGUGCUCAUCGGUUAGCUUUUACUACCGAAAUACCUACCAGGCAUAAACUUCAACAGGAACUAAGUGUCUUGUCACAUCUUAAGAGGAAACCUCAGUUCUCCACUGACCAUGUCUCUUCUGAACCUAAAAGGUUUAAGCCAAGUACAAUAGUUUGUCACUACUGUGGCAUAGCAGGGCAUAGAGCUAUCAACUGUCGGAAGAAGGCCGACAAAACCAAACAUCCUGGACCAGCUAAGUCGUCGCUCGCAAAGAAUGUUGUCUGCUACCGCUGUGGCGAGGCGGGUCACGUCGCGCCACGCUGCCCAAAGACAACCGGAAAGCGGCCGGAAGGUUCAAGCGAAGGCGCCGGGAGUCGGGCUUCAAGCGGUCAUUCAUCCACGAAGCGAGUUGAAGCCUGCGAAGUACGACCUAGCACUGGUGUUCUACGUCACUCUGAAUCACACGAGGUCGUGUAGAAUGUCAGUUCUGGCCGUGUCGGAGAUAGAUCAAUUACCACUGUGGAUAUCCGAACAAAAAUGUGACAGAUAGAUGUCAAUGUCAAUCACCAUUGUCUGUAUCCAAACAAAAAAAAAACAACAAUGUAUACCAUAGAUCCAUAGAUAAGACCAUAGAUUUAAAAUGGGUUCGCGCCCUGUUUCGUGAACAAUAGUAAUAUCCAAAUGAAUGUUUUGAUUCUUUUAUUACCGAUUAUUAUUAAGUUAUCUUGCCAAUUUCUUGUCUAAUAAAUCUAAACUAGAUUUAUAAAGUACUCUGUAAACAUGUGAAUUGAAUUUUUGACUAGGUACUUAUUAUAAUAACAGGACCUAAAUGGAUUUUGUCAAUAUCAACAAUAACAUGUU